GGCUGUCCCUUUCCUCUAUGGUUUGGUGUGGAUCUUGGACAGGCAGUUGGGAAGAUUGACGAGAACCAAGGGGAAGAGCGAGGGGAAGAAGGGAAUAAACUGAGUGCAGGAGGAGGCUUGUGGACAUGGAUACCCUAGCACUAGAGGCCACUGGUAGUAAAAAGCAGGCAAACGGGGGAGCGACUGCCCUGGUGCCAGCUCCAACCCCGGUCAAACGCAAACCUGCUAAAAAAGCUAAAAAGGCUGUUGUUUUCUUUGAGGUGGAGAUACUGGAUGCCAAAACCAAGGACAAGCUCUGCUUCCUGGACAAGGUCGAGCCAAAUGCCACCAUUGGGGAGAUCAAGUCUAUGUUCCACAAGAGCCAUCCUCAGUGGUACCCAGCCAGACAGUCCAUUCGCCUUGACCCCAAGGGGAAGUCCCUGAAAGAUGAAGAUGUCCUUCAGCAUCUCCCUGUGGGAACCACAGCAACCUUCUACUUCAGAGACCUGGGACCUCAGAUCAGCUGGGUCACAGUCUUUCUCACAGAGUAUACCGGCCCUCUGGUCAUCUAUCUGAUGUUCUACUUCAGGGUUCCCUUCAUCUACGCACCUAAAUAUGACUUUACCACCAGUAAACACUGGGUUGUACAUCUCGCCUGUAUGUGUCACUCUUUCCACUACGUUAAGAGGCUGCUGGAGACGCUGUUUGUCCAUCGCUUCUCUCAUGGGACAAUGCCGUUGCGCAACAUCUUUAAGAACUGUACUUUCUACUGGGGUUUUGCGGCAUGGAUGGCCUAUUAUAUCAACCACCCGUUGUACACUCCACCCAUCUACGGGGAGCAACAAAUCAGAUUGGCCCUCAUCAUAUUCUUGUUCUGUCAGAUCGGCAACUUUUCCAUCCACAUUGCUCUUCGGAACCUCCGUCCACCAGGCUCUAAGACCAGGAAGAUUCCCUAUCCAACCAAGAACCCCUUCACUUGGAUCUUCGUGCUGGUUUCCUGCCCCAACUACACCUAUGAGUUGGGCUCCUGGCUCGGCUUCACCCUGAUGACCCAGUGCCUGCCGGUGGCCUUCUUCACCUUGGUGGGUUUCAUCCAGAUGACUGUGUGGGCCAAGGGGAAGCACCGCAACUACCUGAAGGAGUUCCGCGACUACCCACCUCUACGCUCACCCAUUCUGCCCUUCAUUCUGUAGAGGACCACUUGACUGCUCCCCCCACCCCUUCAGCUCUACCUGCUUGUAGGGAUGGAGUACACCCCCACCUCUUCACCCACCAACGGAGAGGGUGCCCUCCAUUUUUCCAUUCUCUGAAAUCUACAGAUCUACUUAGUGAUUGAAAUAAUCUAACACCCCCCUCCCCACCACCAUCUUUUUUUUUUUUACCUUCUAUCCCAGGAACUGAGUUACCUUCCUGUCCGAAUCUUGUCAUUUUAAGUGAAAUUGCAAAACACUGCACUGGCUCUAUUUUUUUUAUGGCCCACAAACUUUUAUUAAUUGACUUAUGUGCAUUUUGAAUUCUCAGAGCAGUCUUCUCCUUCAAAGUGCAUACUGAAUGACGCACUACACUGUAUAUGCAUACUGUCAAGAUACGCAAUUGUGCUUUUGUCAACUAAUACUGUUGCUUCGGGGCUGAAUCUGCAUCUGGUGACAUUCAAUAAAACAUAAAACUGUUCA